AAUUAUACUAUUUUUUCUAACGUACACCCUUAUUUUAUAUAUCAAUCGAUUGCCGGAAAUGCGAUUUCUAUAUGUGAAUGUUCGCAAGUCAUAACAUCGUCUCGUUUGAAAGAUAUCUGCGAAAAUAAAAUCGGCAUCUCAGCGUCCCUUGGAAGUAUUUUCUUUUCAAAUUUUCUGCUUAUAUUUUUUUCAUAUUCAUGCUUUUCUUAUUUAUUAAUGGUGUUCUAAUUAAUAAUUUUUCAUUAAUUUGUGGUUUUCGAUUAUAUUUCGUCUUAUAUACGGUUUUCAUAUAUGCGGAAGUAUACAUAUACAUACAGAUACAUCAUACGUAAUAUACACAUACACAUACACAUACACAUACACAUACACAUACACAUACACAUACACAUACACAUACACAUACAGAUACAUCAUACGUAACAUACACAUACACAUCACAUACACAUACAGAUACAUCAUACGUAACAUUCACAUACACAUACAUAUAACAUACAUAUACAUAUACAUAUACAUAUCAUAUAUUACACAUUCAUAAUAUCAUACAAAUAUUUCUCUUUUGGAACAUACGCAUAUCGAUAUGUUUAUACACAUAUGCAUACAUACGUACGCAAUUAAUUUCUUACUCAUUAAUAUCAAUUUAAUAUUUUUCAGCUUUUAGAGAAGCCUACAAGUUAAGAAAACUGCGAUAUGCUACGCAACAGUUCUACACACAUAACAUACAUAAGUCUAUUUCUUUUUAAAUACAUACAUUUAGAUUCUUAAUAGAGAGAGGAAGAUAGCAUUAAAAUAAAGAUAAUAUCUUGAAAGUUCCCCCGAGUUGGCCGAAACAAUUGCAAAGACAUUCCUUGUCAAUAAAUUUCCAGUGUUGGGCGAAUAACAGAAAACAAAAGGCAGUCGUGGGCGAUCGUAUUUUGUUAAGUAUACAUAAUAUGAAUUACUAGGAAAAGUACGUAUAAACAAUGCAGAGGACGAUCGACCAUGCUAGGAUUUUUCCUUUCUUCUGAGUAUCGCUACGCAGUUCUCGUUCGUAUAAGCAGCUUUCCAGCGUGUUCAAACCUGCUUUUUCUUCGUUGAUCUUUCUUUCUCAGAUCUUCAGUUGUUGAUCGCGUGCAAUGCGAUCUUAGAGUCAGUGCGUGAAAUAGUUUAAUUGAUUGACAACCGUAUAAGUUGCUUUAAAAAUAAAAUAAAAUCGUGAAUCAAAGUCAGUGUUGUUCGUCGAUUAGAAUUUUUCGGUCGCGUUAAUCAAUAAGAAAACAAGAAUUUAUAUCAUAUUCUUGUUAAAAUCAUAUGUUCGUCGCGUUGUUAGAAUCAUUAACACACUUUCGGCCUAUUCGGGAGAAGAGGAUUACGUUGCGAUAAAUAUUGUAAUGGUCGAAAGUGUGAUUUUAAAAAUUCAUCCUCUUCAUCUUUACCAACGAUUGUAAAGCUUCGUCUGGAUACAAUUACAUGAGGACGAGUGUUUUGGAGCCAUCGCAGAACUUCUUAAAUAGUAAGUGAAAAAUUUAAAGUUCCUCUGGUACCUAUCAUGCCGAGAAUGAAAGGUCUAUAUCGGCACGAGUAACUGGUUGUAUUGAUAAAUAUUUUUCGUCCAAAACGAGCAAAAGUGAGUAUCCGUGCCGCAGAUCACGCGGCGGGGGCGGCCCCAAUGCCGGUUAGGAAAGGCCUCCUCGCCCCACAAAAUACUUUCCUCGAUACAAUCGCAACACGCUUCGAUGGAACCCAUAGCAACUUCGUCCUCGGAAAUGCGCAGGUACCGACGAUGUAUCCGAUCGUUUAUUGUUCCGACGGAUUUUGUGAGCUGACAGGAUUCGCGCGAGCGCAAAUCAUGCAAAAGGGUUGCGCUUGCAAGUUUCUUUACGGCUCGGAAACGAAGGAGGAAGUAAAGGCGAUGAUUGAUAAGAGUCUCGAAAGUAAAACAGAGCUGAAGAUGGAAGUCGUGUUUUAUAAGAAGAACGGAAGUCCGUUUGAUUGUUUAUUGGAUAUCGUUCCAAUAAAAAACGAGAAAGGCGAUGUGGUCCUGUUCUUGGCAUCUCACAAGGACAUCACACAUACGAAAAAUCUUCAGCUCUGUGAGUUGCACGAUAGUGAUGCAAAUGGAAAUCUUGAUCCUGAAGCGCCACCAGCUAAUUACGGUAGAAGGAGAAGUCGUGCUGUUCUAUAUCAACUCUCCGGACAUUACAAGCAGGACAAUAAACACAAGAUAAAAUUGAACAACACCCUCUUGCAUUCUACGGCACCUCCUCUACCGGAAUACAAAACCUCAGCGAUCAAAAAAUCGCAAUUCAUUCUAAGUCAUUAUGGCGGCUUCAAAUCAUGCUGGGAUUGGUUGAUACUACUAGCUACCUUCUACGUUGCUAUCAUCGUUCCAUACAAUGCAAGCUUCAUCAACAUCGAUAGACCGACUAUGGUCAGUGAUGUCGUUGUGGAAGCUCUUUUUAUAUUCGAUAUAGUCUUGAAUUUUCGAACAACAUACGUCAACAGAAAAGGCGAGGUUGUGAGCAAUAGCAAGAGUAUCGCAGUGAACUACAUGAAGACUUGGUUUUUCAUUGAUCUCGUAGCAGCUUUACCCUUCGAUUUUCUCUAUGCUUCCGAUGUUUACAGUGGAGAGGAAUCAGGACACGGUAAUAUUCAUCUAGUGAAAUUGACCAGAUUACUUAGGCUGGCUCGUUUGUUACAAAAGAUAGACAGAUACUCGCAAUACAGUGCUGUUAUCCUGACAAUGCUGAUGUUAUUUUUUAUUCUGGUCGCCCAUUGGCUCGCCUGUAUUUGGUUCGUCAUAGCCGAAAAGGAAAGAUUACGAAACGACAAGGAAUGGGACCUUGGUUGGAUACAUGCUCUCGCGGAACGUUUAAAAAUUUCCGUGCAAAAUGUAACGCACACGGAAAGCUAUAUCACGGCAUUAUACUUCACCUGUAGCAGUUUGACUUCCGUUGGAUUUGGAAACGUUUCGGCGAAUACAUUUUCCGAAAAAUUUUUUUCCAUUUGCACGAUGCUAAUCGGUGCUCUGAUGCAUGCUGUCGUUUUUGGUAACGUCACGGCAAUCAUUCAAAGAAUGUAUUCGAGAAGAUCGCUCUAUCAAACGAAAUUGCGAGAUUUAAAGGACUUUUUGGUGCUUCAUCAGAUUCCCGACGAAUUGAAGCAACGAAUGCAAGAUUACUUUCAAACGAUGUGGUCUUUGAAUCAUGGCAUUGACAUACACGAGACGCUGAAACAAUUCCCUGAAGAACUUAGAGGAGACGUCUCGAUGCACUUGCACAGAGAAAUCUUAAGCUUACCAAUAUUCGAAGCUGCUUCUCAAGGUUGUCUUAAACUGCUUUCUCUACACAUUAGAAGCAACUUCUGCGCUCCCGGAGAGUUUCUUAUUCACAAAGGGGAUGCUCUCUCUUAUAUUUAUUAUCUUUGCAAUGGUUCUAUGGAAGUCGUUCAAAAUAGCAUGGUCGUUGCGAUUUUAGGAAAGGGUGACUUAGUAGGCUGCGAUAUAAAUGUUCAUCUGCAGCAUGGAAACAACGGUGGAGGAACUGGAGGUGGUGGAUCUGGAGGUUCUGAUGUUGUUGUGAAAUCCAGUUGCGACGUCAAAGCUUUGACUUAUUGCGACCUAAAGUGUAUACACAUGCAAGGCCUGGUUGAAGUUCUCCGUCUUUAUCCCGAGUAUCAGCACGAAUUUGCACAUGAUAUACAGCACGAUCUAACGUAUAAUUUACGCGAAGGUUACGAAGCUGAGCAGGAGUCAGACAUGAACGGUCCAUCGUUAACAUUACCGUCGAUUAGCGAGGAUGAUGAAAAUGUACCUGAAGAAGGGGAAACGUCACCCCUCUCGCCACCGAAUAAAUCACCAUUGCAUACGUCAUCACCACGACAUGCUAAAUUCAGAGACGAGUAUAGAGAAGGAAGAAGAGGCAGAGGUGUUCUAGUGAGAGGAAGGACAGCACAAAUAAUCGCUCAAGAAUCUAUGGAGGAACAUAUUCGUGGUUCCGUGGAAAGAUUGGAUACACAAGUUUCCACGUUGCAUCAGGACGUUGCUACUCUGAGUUGCGAAGUAAGAAAUGCCAUUCAUGCUCUACAAAUGUUGGCUUAUUCGCCACAAAGCAACCCUAAUUUACCAAGACCAGCUAGUCGUGGUAGCGGAAUGUUAGCAAGAAGCUCCUCUCAUCCACCAGAUGCGAUCUGUUGGAAUCCACCAGAGAGAUUACCUGAAGCCACUACUCAAACAGAUUGGGCAGUCGAUAUGUUUGAAGUUUGGGUUCGAGGAAAUCCUGAUCGUGUUUUAAUGAUACUAGGUCUUGAGCCUGAUUUACUCCUUAGGUUACAACCAUCAUCUCCGACCCAAUCACCGUCUUCACCACCACCACCACCUUACGAACCCUUAUCCCCGUUGGCAGGUACACCACCUCAAUCACCGUCCCAAUCUCAGCAUAACGAGAUUUGCGUCUUCGAGAAUGAUGAUGAGAAUAGGCACGUCUCUCAAACCUAUCAAAGCUCUCACGCAACGUGGGAUUCGGAAAACAAGUCUCAUCGGUUCAGCGCCGGUGACGCGGACAAUGUGUCUCUCUAUCAAGCGUUUGAUGCCCUUCAUCAACUUCCGGAAUCACGCUCCUUGAAAUUCGAUCCGUUUGAUAGCUGAACAGAUAUCGAGGAGUAUGAUCGUCAAGAUCUUAGAAAAAUUUCCGACUAAAACACGUUCCGUGUUUCCGUUCGUGAUACGUAAUGUGAUGCGUCAGUUUGCAUUUGGUCAGUGACGCGGAAAAAAAUCGAAUGAGAAAGAGAACGGAUUAAAAAAAAAAAAAAAAAAAAAAAAAAUGAAAAAAAAAUUUUGAAAAAUCAACUUUAAACAUAGAACGUCCGCAACGUUCUGUCAAUUUUAUCAUCGAAUAUUGGUCCCAUCUGUGUCUUCUUUUUUUUUAUAUUUUAUUUUUUUUUAUUUUUUUUAUUUUUUUUAAUUUUUUCAAAGGGACAGGGAGCAUUUGAUUAAAAGAUUUUAACGCGAUAUGUAUUCGAUCUAUUCGAAUAAUUCUCGGUAGAUUAAUAUUACAAGUUAGAAAAAUAAAAAUAGAAAAGGAGGAAAAAGACAAAGGAGAAACGAAAUAAGAUAAAGUAAAAUAAGAUUAAAUUAAAUUAAAUUAAUUUAAAUUAAAUUAAAUUAAAUUAAAUUAAAUUAAUUUAAAUUAAAUUAAAUUAAAUUAAAUUAAAUUAAAUUAUAAGAAAAAGAAAAGGGAAAAAAAAAGUUAAAAAAUAAAAAAGGGAACGAUGCGUUUUAAAUAUUUUCUGUGAUAUAUAUUUUCUAUCGCUUUCGACGAGGAUCUUUCGCCUAACUCGCUAAAUCAUCGAGAGAAUACGUUGCUUCUUUAAAAAUUCCAAAGUUCGACAAGUGAAAUCAAUUUUUGAUGUUUAUGAGAUAUGUAUAUUAAGUGUUAUGCGAAGCACGUAAUGCGAAUCGUCAGUCAAAGUCUUCUACUCUCUUCGAGUCUAAGCUCUUUGUUCGUUCGUGUCUCUAUCUUACUACUCUUCAUCUAUUUAUCUAUCCAUUUCUCUCUCUCUCUCUCUCUGUCUGUCUCUCUCUCUCUCUUUAUCUAUCUAUCUAUCUCUAUCUCUAUCUCUGUCUCUAUCUCUUUCUCUUUCUCUUUCUCUUUCUCUUUCUCUUUCUCUUUCUCUUUCUCUUUCUCUUUCUCUCUGUCUUUCUGUCUCUCUGUAUUUCUAUUCUCAAGAUAUCAGCGAUUUUUAGCAGAUAUCAUCGUACAUACACAUACAUACAAACGCAUUGACAUAUCGAUCGUAAAAGAUAAAUGAUCAUGAGACAUCCUGCAUAUCAAAUUCUAUAUAUAUAUAUAUAUAUGUAUGUAUUCCAAAGACUAUGAACGGACGCUGUUAUAUUUGUCAUUAUGAUAGACCUUCUCCACGAAAGUGUUCUACAUUAUAUUUCGAGCGAUAAAUGGGAACAAAUGGUUCUUUGCGAGGUCAAUAUAUUAUAUAACCUUUACUUUUCUCGAGGGAAAGAAAAAGAAGCUAUCGUUUUUCUAAGCUAAACGAUUAGCGAAAUUAGUUUGGAUAGUUGUACGUAUGUAGGUAUACAUACACACAUACGUUGAUACUUUUCUUUUGUAUCUGUCAAAACUCUUUUGCUUGAAUCAUUCCAUACGCGUACUGCUGUGAUCGAUUAAACGUAGUUAGUGAGAAGAAGAAAAAGAAAAAAGGAAAAAGACGAUGAUGAAAAAAGAAAACGUGCGAUACAUUUAGGGAAAGGUUGUUAAAGGAUAUGAAAAAGGAGAAUGAGAAUGAAAGAAUCGAUGAUAUGGUUAAGGAAAGUUUUCGUAUAUAUGAGGGACAAAAAAAAAAAGAAAAGAAGAGAAAAGAAAAGAGAAAAGUACGUAUCGAUCGUCGCCUAAUUUAACGCGUAAAUCGUAUCAAACGAUUAGUCCUUUGACGACAUUAUAGUAGUAGCGUAGCAAUAACGAGCACAAUUCUUUUCAAUGUAUACUCCUCCGAAGUCCAAUAUUAGAAUAAUGAUAAAUAAUUAUUGAGAUGUAGAAAUCUCUUUUAUGAUGAUCGUCUCUCUUGGAGACAGUUGUUUAAAGAUGACGAGAGAAAAAAAAGAAAAAAGAAAAAAAAAAGAAAAAGAAGAAAAUAAAAGAAAAUUUAAAACAUUGACGAGCACGGAACGUCUUGUACGAAUCAUUUGAAACAUAUUAGUGUAUCGUAUGAAGUUAUAACUAACAUGGAUACGCGUAAUAUCUAGUAAUUUUAAGAAACAUUUAUCGAAUGAAAAUGUUGGUGUAAAUAAUAAAGAGAUACCGAAGAUACAUAUGUGAUAAGGCACGGCUUUUGGCCAUGCACUACCGUAUAUUCGUUCGACUUCGUCGUUACUUGUGAAAAUUCGAUGUCGAUUUUGCCAAUUGUCUAUUAAUAUCAUUUAAAAUGAAAAUCCAAUUUUUGGAAGUUAAAGAAAAUGUAUCGCGAAAUGCGUAAUAAUUUUGAAAAUUAAAUGGAAACAAUUAAAAUAAAAAAAAAAAAAAAAAGAGAGAACUUACUCGUUAUAUCGAUCGGUGGUACACAUAAGAAAAAAAUCAAUGUCUAUAAAAUAAAUAAAUAAAUAAAUAAUAAUAAUAACAAUUUCGUCUAAAAAAAUCGUCGUUGUUUGUUGUUUGUCAAAUUUUCACAAGUCAUGGUAGAAGCAGCUGUUUUAUAAAUAUUUCAUAUAUUUUGUUAUACUGUUUCUAUGCUCCUCACACUAUGAUCCAAAAAAAGCUACUCUUAUAGUAUUAAUCUGUAUACUUCAUCUCCUCUACUCGUAGUUUUUACACUACUACCCACCGAACUAUGAUUAAAUGUCACAUACAAGAACACGAAUUUAUCAGAGUGAGAAAAGAAAAGAAGAGAAUAAUGAAAGCACAAAAUUUGAAAGAGUUAAGUUAUUUCUUACUGUUCGUCCACAAACUUGAAUAAUCUUCUUGGAAGAUUUUUUAAUGAUCAAAGUAUUCUUCGCAGCAUUGUAUUGCUGUUGUAAAGUACGAUUAAAAUAAGAAUGUUAAUAACAAAUGUUAUGAAAAACGUUAAUGUAUAUAUAUAUAGAUAUAUGUGGUGUAUCUAAUAUUGUCCCAUCAAUGAAAUUAAUUUAUAAGUUUACGUUAAGGGAAAAGUAUUGAAAAAAAUUAUGAAAUUUUUAACUUAACUCUAUCAAAUUUUUUAUCAGAAAUUUUUUAUCUGAUAUAGAUAAAAAAUAUUUGAAUCGACGGCCUUAAAUAUAAAAAAAAAAAAGAAUAACUUAUUUUUUUCACAA